AUGGAACUGACCAAGUGGACUCCUCAGGGAGCCCCCAACCAGACCCAGGACAGCACUGGCUUCAGCUACCUGCUGAGAGACCACAUGGAGGGGAGGAGCAGCACCAACUCCACCAGGGCCCUGAAACUUCCAGAUGGGACCAGUGCUGCCUGGUACAUCCUCACCAUCAUUGGCAUCUAUGGAGUGAUCUUCCUCUUCCGAUUGGCCAGCAACAUCCUCAGAAAGAAUGAUAAAUCCUUGGAAGAUAUUUACUACUCCAAUUUGACCUCCGAACUCAAAAAGAAAGGUCUCCAAAGCAAGGUGGCCAAAUGCUCUGCAUUGACCAUUAGCAACAGAGCUGUCCUGCAGCCCAACCAGGCCAGCCUGGGGCCAAAAUAUAAAAAUAGUGAGUGCCAAACUGAAAUCCAAGGGAUCCCUUGA